AUGUUGAGUUGGCAACUGGCAUCUGAUGACGGCUCGCAGCCGCAAAGUGACCGUCACACUUUGUGGAUCUAUCCCUUUGCUGCGGCGAGCUGGUUGCAUCCAGGCCCAAAAAAUCUCUCGAAUCAACUUCUGAAGCCCCCCUGCUCUUUUGCCUCUCGCUCCGUCUUACCACUGAAAUCCCCUCCCCCAUCCUUAGUGCCAAUUUUGAGUGAUAUCAACUUGGGAAGCCCGUGCCUCAACUGUACGGAGGCUCCCGCACCCUACACACGCCUGCCUUUGACCGGCGACAAAUCGUUAAGGGUAACGCUACCUUCGGUGCUGGAUAGCGAAAAGCCCACUGCCUACAUUUCCUUAAUUGUAUGGGGAUUGGCCGGCUAA